CAGUACUAAGUACCCGCGCGACGCAACAACACGUAGACUAGCAGACGAGCGAGCACCCGAGCUGUAACGGAAGAUGCGCGAGCGAGCCGCGAGAUAGUGGGAGUGCAAGGCUUCGAGAUCGAGGAUACUGGAUAGGUGGAGAACCGGUAUCGAGGCACUGAACGCAGCGCUACCGCAAACGCAAGAGAGCAACGAGUGCAAGUAGUGCAACGAGUUGCGGCAAAAGCUUCCAACAGCCAUGCGCUUCCUACAGAAGACUGUAAUACUGGCGUGCGUCCUCGCAGUUUAUGCCGAGAAAGAUGAAACGAAGAGCCGUGAUAAAAGACAACAUUUAUCAUUUCACUCACGUCGCAAUGGCCGUCCACCUCCAUAUGCUGUGCAGAUGGAACCAAUAGCUCAUUAUUCUCAACGAGAUCCAUUGUACAAUCCUUUAGCAGAAUCAAAAAUCGAUGACCAAUCCGAAUAUUACGAAGAAUCGCCUUAUAAUUAUUAUCCCACUGAACCAGAACCGAUCAUUGAAAUUAUUAUAAAAGAAUCGAAUGAAUCACUUCCGACGCCAGUUCCGCCUACUGUCCCACCCAUAUCAAAAUCCAAAAAAGAACCAAUUCAAGUUUUCUAUGUAAAGUAUGAAAAAAAGCAAGAAUACGGUGACGAAAAACCACGUGUUGUUUACGAUACCCCAGUACCAGCAUUGACUCCAGUUGAAGAACACGAGGAAAUUAAUUCAGAAAACUCCGAAGGUGAAAAAUAUUUAACAGACAACGUCCAAGCUGUAACUCCGUCAUUGCCGGAGCCAUCGACAACUCUUCGUGCGGUGAUUCGACCUGAUAGCGAAACUUAUCAUUCUGGAAGUAGUGGAAUACGGGUAACGUUCGGCACAGAGCAAGUUCCACCGAAUAAUCACAGUAAACGCAGCGACAAAGGAUCACCAAGCGAAACAAAUUUAAGUAAGCCAACAGAUUUUUCAUCUCUAGGAUCUUCAAAUAGACCGCAUGGACCUUUUGCUCCUAUUCAACCCAUUUCGCCUCACAUUCCAUCAACAUUUUCUCAACAACGCAUUGUCAAUCCAUUCGCUCAACAACAAUUAUUAGGCUCGCCAAAUUCACCUCCACCGGGUAUACCGCCAAAUUUUUCUUUGCAACCGCAAUUCCAUCAAUCCGUACCUCCACAUAUUAGAAAUCAGUACCAGCAAAUUCAUUCCAAUCAAAGACCACAACAACAAAGACCAUCUAUAACGAUUCAAGGAUUACCGGAAGUUCAACAACGAUUACCUUUUAACUCUUUUGUAUCGCCUCACCAUUUGAAUGCUAACCAUCAACAACAACCUGGGCCACCACAAUUAAUUCCUGUUGCACAUCAAAAUACUCAAUUACAAAACUUUCAACAACAGCUUCCGCCAAACCAGCCACCUAGCAACUUUCAUUUUGACCCGCAACUUCGUUACAAACAACAAAGAGAACAAGAAAAACAACGAUACGUAGAACAACAAAGGGUAUUAGAUCAGAGACAACAUGAGCAGAAAAAGCAGCAAGAACAGCAAAGGCACCUUGAACAACAGAGACAGCUAGAACUUCAAAGACAGCUGGAACAACAGAGACAACAGAAGCAGCAACAAGAGCAACAAAAGCAACAAGAAUAUAGAAUUUUAGAGCAGCGCCGCAAACUUGAGCAACAAAAAUUGCACAUACAACAGCAGCAAGAUCAGCAAUUGAAUGUACAACAGCAACAGCAACAGCAACAGCAACAGCAACAAGAGCAACAAUAUAAUUUUGGACGGAUUCAACAAUCUCAGCAAAGCUAUGCAAAUCUACCGCAAAAGCAACUUGGUGGAGAAAUUCUUAAAGCCAUUCCUAAACUAGAACAACAUUAUGCAAUUAGAGAAAAUCCUCUACAUCCGGGUCCAUUUCCACCUAACCCCCAAUAUACCGAAACUCCACAAACUUCUUCAGUAAAAUCAACUAAUAAUAAUCGAGUAGCUGGAUCGUUACAACAAUAUAAUUUAGCGCAACAAUCGCAUCAGCAACAACAAAUACCUUUUGAGCAAAAUAAAAAACAUAAUGAUGAUAUUGUGAAACAACAGCAAGAACAGCAGCCGCAAUCACAAUAUCAAAAUCAACAAACGUUCUUUUCUCAAAAUUUUCGAAGACCUCAACAGCAAAUAAUCCAAGAAUCAUUGACACAAUCGCCAAUUUUAGAAAGACCAACGUUCCAAAGUAAAAUCCUCAAUAAUAAUGACAAAAUUUUUGCUAUUCCGACAACAAAAACAGUGGACGAUUCAAAAAAAUAUACAGUCCCCACCUCGAGCAGCAUUCAUUAUUCAUCAACGCCAAAAUCAAGAAUUGUUUCAACAACACAGUCCAUUACAACCCCAUUGACAACAACAACUUUGUCGCCAAAGAAGGAGGCGAAAAUCAAAGAAAACAUCGCAAACCUCCCCGACGAAGUUCCUGACGACAUAAGAGAACAACUGUUGAGUUCAGGUAUCCUCGGCAACGCCGACAUUCAAAUUCUCGAUUACGAUAAAGUAGGCGGCAUCAAUAUCGGCGAUCUUCCGCCUGAAGCUUUAGCGAAUUUCUACGGAGCAGGAGGUGCCGCAGCAACUGCGGCCAGCGAACCCAUUCCCCAAAUCUCUAAACGGCCUAAAAUCGUGGACCAACAGCAAGAUGCUACGGAAGUCCAGAUUACGGCGUCUUCCUCGAGCAUUGGUAAAAAUAUGGUCCUCCGCAGCGAAAAUCAGGUCCGUACGGAAGAGAUCACAUUGCGACCGGGAGGUGUCGAGAUGAAAGUAGUUCGCUUUGAUCCCAACACAGCGCAAGGUCAGACAAUCGCCGAUAAACACAUUAGCAGUAACGCAACACGACUGAGUCCCGUAGCCGUGGGAGAACGCGAGCCCGAUGACAGCAGCGGCCAAUAUAAUCGCUACCUUCCGCUCAAAGUGAGUGGCACCUCAUUUCCGAUCCCCAGUGUGCCAGAAUUGACUGGCAAAAAGAUAACGUCGGUGGUGGUGCUCGCACCUGUCGACUACAACUUUCAGCCAGAGACAGAGCAAUUAACACGACAAAAUCGGAAGGUCGCGAACGAUGUACAAGCAAUCCGCUUUCUCACCGGGGACUCUCUUAAGCUACUUGUGAAGAAGCCGUCCGCCGAAAAUUACAAGCGAUGGCUCGAUCAGGAAAGGCAGACAGAGCCUCAGAGACAGUCGGUUGUACUUCUUGUCACAACACCGACCGAUAAGUCCGAGACUGAGAAGGAGAUAUUUAUGUACGAUGUAUCAUCUGAAAGCGUAAGCAAACUCGCCGGUGAUCUAUCGACGGCAUUUGUUGACGCAGCAGAGAGCAAUUCAGACAUCAACGAAAAUCCUAUGAUCGAUGUUUUGCCAAGAGCUCCUUGAGUUAUGAAAAAAUAUAAAACCAUAAAACUACACAAUUUUACAAAAUAAAUAAUUAAGAAAUCUUUUUAUGUAAAAUUCUUGGCUCUUUAUCCAUGCUCGGGUGAUAAAAUUAAUGUUUUACUCUAAUUGUGCCAACAAAUCCGAUCCGCGAUAAGAGGGGAAUCGACGUCGAGGUCGCGAUUAAUACUGAUAAUUUAAGGCGAACGGGCGGGGAAGUAAGAGGGAAGAGAGACACUACGCUGUAUAAUAGUGGCAUCUAAACUCUAAAUGUGUGUAUUUUUAUAAAUAAGUCUCGAAUGUAGAUAUUUU